AUGUUACCACAAGAAGAAUCAAUAGAUGUUCUUUGUGAAUUUCUUAUUGAAGAUGGUUAUAGAAAAAUAGAUGGUAUUCCAUUGGACGCCAUACGAAAACUAGCUUGUCUAGUACUAACAGAAAACGUUUUUGUUUAUGGUGAAAAAAUCUAUAGACAAACUCUUGGUGGAGCAAUGGGAUCACCAUUCACCUUAACAUUAGCCAACAUAUUUAUGUGGAAAUGGCAAAAAGAAUUUUCUUCUCGAUUAAUUAAUAACAACGAAAUCUAUGGAAGAUACAUUGAUGACGUGUUUUUUACUGCAAAUCAAUCAAAAGAAACAAUAGAAAAAUUAUUAAUUGAAGCUAAUAAUUUUCAUUCAAAUAUCAAAUUAACUGCUACCAUAGGAAAAUCAAUCAAUUUUCUUGAUGUUCAUAUUGAAAAUAACGAUGGUGUCUUAUCAACAUCCGUCCACUACAAAGAAUCAGCUGAACCUUAUGUUGUUCCCUUUAAAUCUGAUCAUCCUCGACAUACAUUUGGAAAUAUAAUUCGAGGUGGUCUAACGCGAGCUGUACGUUAUUCAUCAUCAAUAAAAGCAUUCGAUGAUGAGCGUCGAAAUAUUCGAUUGACAUUAUUGUACAACCGAUAUCCAUCAAAAUUUAUUGAUGCACAUUUUAGAAAAUUCUUUUCCAAUUAUCAUGUCAUUACCUCCGACGUCUUACCGUUGAUAACAUCUGAACAAGAAUUCUUUCGCAUGCGGGUGAAAAUUCUCGAUAUUCCAACUGCAAAACAAUCUCAAACAAGUCAACAAAUAGCACGUGUGAUUCCAGAUAAUGACGACAAUGAAAACAUUAUUAUUCAACCAACUGAAGAACAAUCACUAGUAGAAAAAGCAAAAUGUUCCCAAAACCUUCUGAUCCUGCAUUACAAACAUGAGAAAAGACUUCAAUCAUACAAACGGGACCUACAUCAGAUAUGGCAAAAUAUUUUUCAAAAUUCACCUCUUAUCAACACCAAACUCAUCGUCGGAACAUUAAACAGCAAUAAUCUCACGCGCGAACUAGUACGUAAACGACCCAAACAAUCGCUUCUCACGAACACAAAAUGA